AUCAUCCCGGUUUUGAGGGAGGUGUCCCAGGAUUUCAGUAUGCCUUCCCAGACCACCAAAUGCCAGUGUACCGCUAUAAUGUGGGGUGUGAAUAAAAUAUAAUGUCAUCUCCCUACCAACAUGGGGCGCACCAGUAUAGUCCGACUACGCCAAUUCCAAAUUCGAGGUGGAAGAUCCACAAAAGAUAUGAUUCCAGAAUUUCCCACACUUUUAUAGGAUACAGGGUUUCUGUGCUUCUAUUUCUCAGAAUCCAUCAGGCAGGAGACCAGCAUAAAAGUUAAAGUAUUUUAUUUAGAAACCAAUGCAAAACACAAGCCAAAGUACAUAUUUACAUACGGUAAUACACUUAUUUUCAGAAGACUCAUAGCCACUGUUCAGGUAAAAUAAAGUCAUACCGAUUCUAAAAUAGCAGAGUGCAUUCAAACAGGGCUUAAAGGGCAGAUCCAUGGUUCCCUCCUAUAACAAAUGUUCAGGUGUGCUUUUAAUUAAAGACACAACAGAUUCACCCCUGUGCAAAAUCAUACAUGUAAAAUGGGACAAUAUAGCACAAAUCUAAAACAACUCCCAUUUAAAAUAACACAGAAUGGCAGCGGAGAAUUUACAAUAAAAACACACAACACAAGGAAACGUCAGCAUGAAGAUAUUUGAAAUCAGCGUUGGUAUAGUACCAAUCAUCUAAUUUUUGACCGUGCCGUAAUUAUGCCGACAAGAUUAGAUAUACCUCCAAAACACAGAACGCACAACAGCGUUGCAUACAAUCACAGUAUACAAGCAGCCGUGUGUGUGCGUGUGUGUUCCCUUGUGCUGAACUGUGAUCCUUUCUGCUCACCGUGGGUCAGGCGACGUGAGUUUAUGUGGGCGUCACUUGUAUCUGAAACAAGGAGAGAAGAGAAACACAACAAGGGACAGCUGUCAUGCAUUUGGAUUCCCAUUAACAAUUUAGAAACGGCGAGGGAGGGACGCAGCUUCAUCAGUGAUAACUAAGGGUCGGUUCAGCGUUGCCACACUGUUCCAUUCAAGACAGAUGGAAGAGACGACUCAGGAUCUACAGCCAGGAAGCACAACAAACAACGGGUUUCUGUUUGAGGAAAUUAAUCCACAUUCUGCCAGUUCCAGCUAAAAUGAAUCUAGCCCAUAAAUGACACAAACUGUAAUAGAUUUCUGUGUAAUCUGUAAUGGAUUCCUGGUUCAAACCAAGGAUGAUCCUGAUUGCUCAUAUUGUACUCCUUAGCGCCGCCCUAGUGGGCGCCUCCAAAAUCUGCCCCAACCUAUGCCUCUGCUACGACUAUUCUGACCUGGUGGAUUGCCGGGGGCACGGCUUCACCCAUGUGCCCAGAAACUUGCCCCAUGGCACCUGGCUGCUGGACUUGGGCGGCAACAACCUUUCGAAGCUGCAGAGCCACUCGUUUGCAGGUCUAUGGUCUCUGAGAAUCCUAGUGCUGUCCGAUAGCCAAAUCCGAAUGCUGGAGCCCCAUGCCUUCUCCUCGCUUGGCUUCCUAGAAAAGCUGGACCUGAGCCACAACAGUCUUCACCGCCUUUCCCCGGGUUUCUCCGAAAGCCUGUCUUCUCUCCGGGAGCUACGCCUGGGUGACAACAACCUAGAGAGUCUGGGCUUCCAGAGCCUGGAAAAGCUGGAGAACUUGGAGAAGCUGGAUCUGAGCAACAAUCGCAUCCAUGUUGUGGAGCCUGGGACUUUCCGGACCUUGUCCCGCCUGCGCCACCUCAACCUCCAAGGGAACCAGCUGGAAAUCCUCCAGGACAGGACUCUGGCCAUGCUCCAAAGUCUGGAGGUCCUCCUUCUUGGUCAGAACAACAUCUCCACCAUUGAGACGGAUGCCUUCACCUCUCUGCACAGCCUCUCCCUGCUGGGUUUGGAGGAAAACCAGUUAAUCCAUCUCAAGUUCAAGACCUACCUGAGCCUCCACACCCUGGGCACCCACCUCCAGCUGGCUGGCAACCCAUGGGUUUGCAACUGUGACCUCCACAGAGUCUUCAGUAAGAUCUCGAGUGUCCGUCGCCUCCAUGUGGACGACUAUAAGAACAUCACCUGCGCCUGGCCCUCGCAGCUGGCUGGACAUCCACUGGCCUGGGUGGACACUCAGCUCUGUGUGGCUGAGACUGCCACUGUACUGGUCAUCACCGGCACUGUGCUGGUGACCGUGAUCGGUGCCAUUGUCAUGGCCGAAAGGAACCGCAAGAAAAACCACAGCAAGAGCUGGAACGAGGAGGAGGGAUCCGGUGAACAGCAAGAGAAAUAAUGGAUUCCGAAACCAAUAAUGAGUAAACGCUGUACACCGAUAUAAGCAAUCUAUACCAUAAGUGUAUAUAGUAUUUUGUGUAUGUGGUGAAUCUGCAUCUGAAAUCCGAUACUGCAACAUUAUUUCUCAAAACCGUAAACCUGAUGCACUGAGAGGGAGGUGCACAUGACAUUGAAUUGAUGUUACUGCACAGAUCUACAUUAAAAAUUGACUGAGGUUAAGAUGUUAAUGAAACACCAUCCACCUUGUGGUAUCAGACUCUUGAUGUUCUUCACUUAUCAAAGACAAGGAAACAUUUAUUCAGGGUGCCACUUAAGUAGUAUGAUGAUGGAGCUGCCUGUCUUAAUACCCCGGUGUACAAUACCCGAUAGACAUAUAAUCUGCUGGAGGAUUCAGUUUAAAAUCAAAGAGCUGUGGUCAUAGACAUUGAUCACCCCAAGCCACUGACUGGCAGGUACUCUUGAUGCUCUGGAAGUAAUGGGGUAAUAUAUGCCUUGCAUAUAGCAGCCCCGCCCUCCUGAACACAAGAGAUGGACCUAUCAUAUGAACCUGGCAUGAUAAUAAACCAUUAUAAUAAAGCAUUCCAAUGGACUUUCAAGAUUACCAUGAAUUCCUGUUUUACUAUUUAAAAAAAAUCACUGCUGCACCAUUCUAUGCAGUAGGACUCCCAAUUUCUUCCCAUUGUGCUCUAACUGUACUAAGAUAUACCAUGGUUUAUAUACAAGUGCACUGUAACCAGUGUAGCAGAGUGAAUAUACUUGUAGUUUGACCGUGUAUUCCUUCUGCAGGAUACAGCACCUUAAUGAAACAUGGUUGUAUUUAAUGUAUGAACUACCUUUUGUUAUUUUUGUAACAAACGUUUUACUUAAAUUAAGUUGGUAUUUAUUAUAACGUGGCAAUACACCAACAUCAUUUGAUAUCAGUCUUUAUUUGUUGCUUGUUGUUCA